AAUAAAUAUAUAUGUGAAUCAUCAUCACAUGAAUCAGAAACAUUAGUAGAGGGCGAUUCCAUUAUAAUCUUCUCGGGUCAUGCUAAAUAACACGGUGGAGAAGCCAUGCUACUGAGUGCCGUGCUCAUCUCGUUGGUGAGUUCCGACCGGUGCGCGUGGCCUACGUGUCCCGACUCGUCGCGCCAGCCACGUGCGACUCGGCCGCGUCCCACGUCGCUGCGACAACAUCUGUGGGCCGGGCCCACCGCAUCAGAACCGUCCGUCGGCGUGGCCGUGAACGCACUCCGGCGCUCCCUGAUUCGCCCACGUGGCGACCUUUUGUUCUUCCCCCCCCUCGCUCCUCGCCGAGAAUACCGCGUGCCGUCUGUCUCUGACGCCAGCCGUCCAUCCUUUGAUAAGCAUGAAUCGAGAGGUCCCGCCGUGCCGAUUGAUCGCCGGGACCAACGCGACCUCGGUAAGCUGCGCUAGUAAUGCUAGCGUGUGCCGGUCCGCCUCCCGCCUAUAAAGGGUCCGCGACCUACUCGUCAAUGCUAUGGCCGUCUACCCGUCCAGGUCGGCUUAAUCGGCUCGCCGUUGACAGGACCUGGGUGGAAAAAAAGUGGUUGGUGGUUAUAUUUUUCCGGUGUAGUACAUAGAAAGAUGUCGUCGGCGGCGGCUUGGAUGGAGCCGAGCUUGGACGUGGACAAGCUGAGCCACGAGAUCUUCUCGAUACUGGAGAGCAAGUUCCUCUUCGGAUACGACGAGCCCAAGCUCUUCCUCUCCUCCACUCCCGCCACCAUCGCGGCAGCCGGCAGGGUACGCGUCCUCUCCAUCGACGCGGCCGACGGUGCCCUCGCCGGCGCCGCACUCGUCCGCCUCGAGGCCUCUCUCCGCAAGCAGUGCGGCGACCCCGCCGCCCGCGUCGCCGACUUCUUCGACCUCGCUGCCGGAUCCGGCGCUGGGGGCGUCCUCUCGGCCCUCCUCUUCACCCGCGGCCCCGACGGUCGGCCACUCUUCUCAGCCGCCGAGGCCCUCCGCCUCCUCACCAAGCACCGCCACCGCCUCUCCUCCGGGGCCCAGCGGAAGGGAAUCCUGCGUGGCAUCCUCGGCCGGUCGGGCGGAUUGUUCCGGCGUGUGUUUGGGGACGCAACGUUGCGGGACACCCUCAAGCCGGUGCUCAUCCCGUGCUAUGACCUAGCGACGGCGGCACCCUUCGUGUUCUCGCGGGCAGACGCCGUGGAGGCGGACGGCUACGACUUCCGGAUGGGGGAGGUGUGCGCCGCCACGUGCGCGGACUCGUUGGCCGGGGCGGCGCCGGUGGACAUGCACUCGGUGGACGGGCGGACGCGGAUCCGGGCGGUCGGUGGCCGGCUGGCGAUGUGGAAUCCCACGACGGUCGCCAUCACCCACGUGCUCAACAACCGUCAGGAGUUCCCCGCCGCCGCCGGGGUGGAGGACCUCCUCGUGGUUUCACUCGGCGGCGCGGAUUCCGCGGCCUCACCCGGGAAGCGCCCGGCGCUUCCGUCGGCGGCGGAACUCGCGAGGAUCGCAGGCAGUGCGCAGGCCGACGUCGUCGAUCAAGCGGUGGCGAUGGCGUUUGGGGAGAACCGGGCGACGAACUACGUACGGAUCCAGGGACACGUGGCGGUGCCGGUGACGACAGCGGCGGCGGAGGCGGCGCUGGCGGACAGGGGCGUGGACUCGGCGCUGUUCCGCGGCAGGAAGCUGUCGGAGCGCACCAACGGGGAGAAGCUGGACCUCUUCGCGGCGGAGCUGAUCAGGGAGCACGACCGGCGGCGGAAGCGCGGCGACGCCCCGACGGUGGCGAUCAAGCCCUCGACGCCGCCCUCUCCGUGCUCCUCAGAGUCGACAAGAUGGCCUGCAAUCCUUCUCCCUGUUCAAGAACUCAGAAAUUAAAUAGGAAAAAUAAAUAGAAAA